AGCUGCUCUCCCCACCUCAGUCUUCCCUCCGCUCACCAUCAUGCUGCAGAGUUCUGCUGGAACUCCGGGCCGACUGGGGCUCCGGCUACAGGCCGUUGUGUGUAUGUUGUUCCUGUGUGUGACACCUGCAGCACUUCACCCCCAGUGUUUGGACUUUAAGCCCCCCUUCCGUCCAGACAGAGAUCUGGAGUUCUGCAUCAUGUACCGGGAGUUUGGCUGUUGCGAUCGCCAGAAGGACCAGGAACUGAUGGCCAGAUAUUACCGGAUCAUGGAAAACGUCACUGAGAGGGGCCACAAGACCUGUGCAGGCUUCAUGUUGGAGCUGCUCUGCCAGGAGUGUUCACCGUUUGCAGCUCACCUGUUUGAUGCUGAGGAUCCCAGCACCCCGCUCCGGACCAUCCCAGGCCUCUGCCCCGACUACUGCUCCCAGUUCUGGAACCAGUGCCGCUCAAUCAUCCCGUUCCUUUCAGAUUACACACCUUUAAAUCAGGCCAAAGACGAUCAGAAUCGUUUCUGCAAGCUUCUAGAGCUGGAUGAUGCUGAUUAUUGUUAUCCUCACCUACUCAGCAAUCAUAAGCUGAACCGGAACCUGGGCCGGGUUCAGAAAGAUUCUGAUGGUUGUCUGCAACUAUGUCUGGAAGAGGUGGCAAAUGGUUUGAAGAAUCCACUGGCUAUGGUUCAUGCCAAUGACGGUACGCAUCGGUUCUUUGUUGCAGAGCAGGUGGGGUUGGUGUGGACUUACCUCCCUGACCGAUCCAAGCUGGAGAAGCCAUUUCUGAACAUCACCAAGGCGGUGCUGACGUCAUCGUGGGAGGGAGAUGAGAGGGGCUUCCUUGGAAUCACGUUUCAUCCCAAAUACAAAUACAAUGGCAAACUGUAUGUGUACUACUCAGUGGAGGUUGGCUUUGAUGAGAGAAUAAGGAUAAGUGAGUUCAAGGUGUCAACCAAUGACAUGAAUCUGGUGGACCACACGUCAGAGCGGGUAAUUCUGGAGAUCGAUGAGCCAGCGUCCAAUCAUAAUGGAGGGAUGCUGCUCUUCGGAGAUGAUGGCUACCUGUACAUUUUCACAGGAGAUGGUGGAAUGGCAGGAGAUCCAUUUGGAAAGCAUGGGAAUGCCCAGAACAAGUCUGCCCUAUUGGGUAAAGUUCUUCGAAUUGAUGUGGAUAACAAUGAGAGAGGUCCACUGUACAGAAUCCCCUCAGACAACCCAUUCAUCCACGAGCCUGGCGCGCGCCCAGAGGUGUACGCUUACGGUGUCCGUAACAUGUGGAGGUGCUCGGUGGACCGGGGAGAUCCACAAACCAAAGAGGGGAAGAGUCGGAUCUUCUGUGGCGAUGUCGGCCAGAACAAGUAUGAAGAAGUUGACAUCAUCGAGAAAGGUUGUAACUAUGGCUGGAGAGCGAAAGAGGGAUUCUCCUGCUAUGAUAAGAAGCUGUGCACCAACAGCUCACUAAAUGACGUGCUGCCCAUCUACGCCUACCCUCAUAGGAAGGGCAAGUCAGUGACAGGAGGGUACGUGUAYCGUGGYUGUGAACACCCCAACCUGAACGGCAUGUACAUAUUUGGAGACUUCAUGAGUGGGCGUCUGAUGAGCCUAAAAGAGAACACAAACUCUGGAGAGUGGAAGUAUAAUGAAAUCUGCAUGGGAAUGGGCCUGACGUGUGCCUUUCCUGGACUCAUCAACAACUACUAUCCAUAUAUCAUCUCCUUCGCUGAGGAUGAAUCUGGCGAGCUGUACUUCAUGUCCACAGGUACACCGAGCGCCACGGCUCCUUCGGGAGUCAUAUAUAAAGUGGUGGAUCCAUCAAGGUGAGUCAYGUUUUACUCUCGUCAUUUGGAGAAUAAAAUCUUCCUGCAGCGUCCGCAGAAUAACUUCCCUUCAUGGGAAUUUAUUCUGAGACAUGCUUAACAUCCUUUGAUUCAUUUUUUACUUUUGGGGGUAAUCUGUUAUUUCAGCUUGAAGUUAGGGUUCCAAGCUGUCCAGUGUUUCAGAUGUCAGCUCAGUCAAAUUCAGUUCAGACAUGGAAGUCCUGUUAACAAUACGGCCUCCUCUCUGGUUUCAUUCAGCUUAUUAAUAUCUAUUGAAUACCAGAAAAUGUUGCAAGUUAGCUUUUACACCUUAGCUUAGCAUCUAGGUAUGUUUGGAAAAUUUGAAAUCAGGAUCCAAUAUUGGUCAAGCAAUGUCUUCUAAGACUUUAAUAAUUUCCCAGUUGAUCUUCAGGUUCGAAUUGUUACUGAGGAGAAAAGGGUGGUGCAAAAACAACAGAGUGGAAAUAUGGUUCUUAAUUUACUAAGUUACAUUCUUAAAAAGCAACAACUAACUAUAAACUAUAAAAUGGUCAUUACAUUUUCAAAUACUGUCAAAAU